CAAAAUUCAACUCAAACCAAUGAUGCUAAUCAUAACCCACCACACGCGCCAGAAGUUCCGUGACAGGGGCUUGAUCGCGCUAACAAUUGUUUGCCUUCCAUGUAUUUGUGUAGUUGGCACCUGUAUUCUUCUCUCGCACGCGUUUUACUCCCUCUCAAAUUACGAGUUACCGUCUACGAAAAGGAAAAGAUGGCUAGAAUAUGAAGAACGAGAAAGACGGCGACGGACACCAUGGGUGCUGGCACCUCGAGCAGAACGGGAUGUUGAUGCUCUUUCCAUCCUGGGGGAUGAUAAAGUUGAAAUUGAGGAUGUGGAGAGGGGAGAUGAGGUAGAGAAAGCCAAGGUAUGGAGAAGUACUGAUUGGCAGGAAAACAGCGCUUUCUUCAACCUGCCAUUGGAAAUCAGAAAACAAAUUUAUGAGGAAGCAAUUGGAGGCUAUACUUUACAUAUCUUCACUCUCCUCUCUUAUCGACGGAUGUCACAUACACGAUGCAAAGGCGAGUCUCCUACGCCUGUCUCAUGCCAGUGUCCUCUUCUUUCGAGACAGCCUGGUGUUGCUGAUGAGUGGGGGAAUAUUUGUUUACUGAGCUUGGUGAUGAGUUGUAGGAGGAUAUACUCGGAGGCAAUGGAUAUUCUCUACAGCAAAAACACCUUCACAUUCAGCAGCACCGCCCGAGUCAUAAGCCACUUGCUCAACAUCCCACCACAGAGGAUUCCAGUAAUGAAGGACGUGAAAUGGAGGAUGUUUAUUGGUGCUGAUGAGUGGAAUACUGAGAUGCCUUGGCUGGAGUGUAGGCGGAGGGAAGGGGUAGUGGGGGGUGCGGGGUGUGCGUGCUAUGAAUGUUGGCCUAAGGAAAUUAGGAGUGAUGCGCGUUCUCAUGAUUGGCUUCGAUACUGUUGGUUAAUGAGGACAGUUGAGCAGAAGAAAGCUCCAUUAUCGAUUAUGGGAGGACACGAUCGAGAUACACUCUCAGUAGGUGGUAAGAUAACAGAAUAGUGAAAGAGAUUGGAGCCAAGAGUUAAUCACAAGCUUCAUACACAAG